GGAACUUCUGAAUGCUGGGAGGUGUCGCUGGCCGCUAGUCCCUAGGGAGGAAGCUUCGUCCCAUUCAGAGACGGCUCCUGUCCUGGCAUGCGCUGGGCGGACGACAGCAGGGGACGCAAACAAGAGCAAGCGGAUCAUUUAUUUAGCAGGCGAAAGGCGAGAGCCGGGCUCCGGUGUCCGGCUUUGUCUUCGCAAGAAACGGCCUUGAAAUCCAGGUGCCAGAGAGAAAGGAAGGAAAGGGACAACAAGGGGGUGACCCAACUGGCGCUCUGGGGCUGAGGUCGCCGGCGGGACGGCUGGCAGGGGUCUCCUCUUUGAAGGUCCUUCCCAGGGGUGUGUGACGCUCUGGCCGCCAGCCCCCCCCCAAAGCAUGUAUAGCACCAAGAAGCCCUACAACAGCCCUCCCACCGGUUAUGGGCCCCCCGGCGAGGACUAUGGCUAUGACAUCCACUCCCCUCCACCGGGCUCCUACUACAUCGAAGACGUCCCACAGCACUUCUACAAGUGGAACUCGCCCCCCGGGAUCGUGAGGAUCUUGGAGGGCGUGGGGGUCCUUCUCUGUGUCGCCAUCUUUGCCUGCGUGGCCUCCACCCUGUCCUGGGAGUACGGCUACGGCUAUGGCUACGGGGGCUCGAUGGGCGGCUACUACGGCGGAGGCAUGGGAGUCUACGGCGGGAGCACCUACGGCGGGAUGGGCAUGGGGUACUACGGAGGCAUGGCCAACCCGCGCUCGGCCAACGGCUUCAUGCUCGCCAUGUCGAUCCUCUGCUUCAUCGCCCUGCUGGCGCUCGCUAUCACCAGCCUCACCAAGUCCAGCGGCUCUCGCUCCCGGAGGUUCUACCUGGUGGUGUUGGUGUUGUGCGCCAUCAUGGCGUUCAUCAUGCUGAUUGCCUCCAUCGUCUACGUCGUGGGGGUCAACCCGCGGGCUCAGAUGUCCAGCAGCUACUACGUCAACCCCAUGCUGGCCAUGUGCAACUCGGUCUACACCACGGGGGUCUACGCCAGCCAAUAUCUCUACCACUACUGCAUGGUGGACCCUCAGGAGGCAAUCGCCAUCGUCUGUGGCUUCCUCCUCGUGAUUCUCCUGUGUGUCAUCUGCUUCUUCGCCCACAAGACGCGUCAGAAGAUCUGGCAGUACGGGAAGCCAAACGUCUACUGGGACAAGCCCUUGGCAUUCCACGAAGGACCCAACGUGGAGGAAUGGGUGAAGAAUGUCACCGACGGGGCCAGCACCCACGAUGAGACAGCCACCCUGAACUACUCUGAAAAGCCGAUGAGCCCCAGCCAUGCCCCAGCCAGCCCCUACAACUACAAGGUCUCCGGGAAUGGCUACUACCCAGGUGAAAGCCAGAGCAGCCCGCCUUCCUACACGCCAACCGCCAACCCCGCCUGGACUUUCAGCUCCAGCACGCUGGAAGGGAACGCCAGGGAGAGCGCCAACAAGCCCUCCGGCCGCAAAGGGCGUAGGCGAAGGAGGAACCCCGAACUCGAGGAAUCGCAGUACGAGACUGACUACACCACGGCCGUGGAGUCCGGAGACGAGCGGGACCAGGACGACUGGAAGAACCUCUAUCCGCCAAUCACGUCAGACAGCGUUCGCCAGGACUACAAGCAAGAGUUUGACGCCGACCUCAAGCGCUACAAGGUGCUGUGCGCCGAGAUGGACGCCAUCAAUGACCAGAUCAACCAACUCAGCAAACAGCUGGACCAUCUGCCCGAAGACAGCCUGCAGUACCAGGGGGUGGCUGAAGAAUACAACCGGCUGAAGGACCUGAAGCGCACUCCCGACUACCAGAGCAAGAAAAUGGACAGCAAGUCUCUGCGGAACAAGCUCUUCCACAUCAAGCGGAUGGUCAGCGACUACGACAAGAGUCGGGCGUAACCUGGACAGAGGGACGAGGCAGGCAGCUGCGGAGGCAGAUCAACGCUCCCGUUUUCUGCAGAAUUUGACCCCCGAAACAAGACAAGCAGGGAUGCUUUCUUCGAGCUGUACAUAUGUCAAGAUGACCUCUUUUAUCCAUUCCUGUGCCAAUUUUGCA